CCACUGCUCCACAUAGUAUUUAACCUGUCUACCAGUACAAAAACACUCUAAUGUGACAGGAUGUCUGCGGAACCUGAAGUUAUUAAAUUGGGGUUUGAUGCUGGGUACAUCUUGUCCUGGAGAGGAAUUUUAAAGAUCACAGAAUGUGUUCUAGACAUUGCUGGAUUUGUAACUGCCGUUGUCUGGCUCCAAUGGACCCAAGCAGGCGGGGGGUAUGUACAGGUUGUGACAAUGACAGCAUUUGUUACCACCCUGACACUCUUCAUACUGCAUCUGUUCAAGAUCAUCCGCAAGCUGCCUCCUCGUUUGCCCUGGACACUCAUCCAACUAAUUUACUAUGGACUCUACAGUCUCAUGAUGCUGAUAGCAGGCAUUGUCAGUGCUGGUCGUGCCUACCAUACCUCUAUUAUACUGUGCGCAGUAAGUAACUGA